GUCCUCGCAGGCAUGAUGAAACUUCCCGCACGCAUUACAGGAGCCAGGUCGGUAUAAGCGCCAGCAGCCGCGCUGCCCGGGAAGCUGUCCGCAGCCCUGGCCUCUGCCUGCCACAUCACCCUGACCUGCUUACGCCCAGCCUGUGGACAUUUUCGCAGUCCGGGUCCCUGCGGCGGACGGGUUGGAUCGUGCUCGUGGCCAGGGCGCAGUCAGGUGUCGCGUGGUCCUGAUCUAGGAAGAAGAGACUCCGGCUUUAUCACCGCCUCGGUGUCUGUGCUUUCCGCUUCAACUGCCCCCCUCCUCACCUGGACCCCUCACCUUCCUCCUUCCCUCUCACCCCGCCAUCCCCACCAGUCCCCACCCCUCUCUGUAGACUGCAAGACUCAGCAAGUGACUUGCUCAGCAAACCCUGCCGAGAAGAGUUUAGCGGUUAGAAUGUAUUUAUUAUAGCAGGAUUAAUACAGGGAUUCACUAAGCAGCGCUAAGAAGACUUAGAUUUUCUUCAAUCACAUCUGAAUAAAUCACUUAAAGAGAGCUUAUAGCUUCAUUGCACCAUGUGUGGCAUUUGGGCGCUGUUUGGCAGUGAUGACUGCCUUUCUGUUCAGUGUCUGAGUGCUAUGAAGAUUGCACACAGAGGUCCAGAUGCAUUCCGUUUUGAGAAUGUCAAUGGAUACACCAACUGCUGCUUUGGAUUUCACCGGUUGGCGGUAGUUGACCCGCUGUUUGGAAUGCAGCCAAUUCGAGUGAAGAAAUAUCCGUAUUUGUGGCUCUGUUACAAUGGUGAAAUCUACAACCAUAAGAAGAUGCAACAGCAUUUUGAAUUUGAAUACCAGACCAAAGUGGAUGGUGAGAUAAUCCUUCAUCUUUAUGACAAAGGAGGAAUUGAGCAAACAAUUUGUAUGUUGGAUGGUGUGUUUGCAUUUGUUUUACUGGAUACUGCCAAUAAGAAAGUGUUCCUGGGCAGAGAUACAUAUGGAGUCAGACCUUUGUUUAAAGCAAUUACAGAAGAUGGAUUUUUGGCUGUAUGUUCAGAAGCUAAAGGUCUUGUUACAUUGAAGCACUCCACGACUCCCUUUUUAAAAGUGGAGCCUUUUCUUCCUGGACACUAUGAAGUUUUGGAUUUAAAGCCAAAUGGCAAAGUUGCAUCCGUGGAAAUGGUUAAAUAUCAUCACUGUCGGGAUGAACCCCUGCACGCCCUCUAUGACAAUGUGGAGAAACUCUUUCCAGGUUUUGAGAUAGAAACUGUGAAGAACAACCUCAGGAUCCUUUUUAAUAAUGCUGUAAAGAAACGUUUGAUGACAGACAGAAGGAUUGGCUGCCUUUUAUCAGGGGGCUUGGACUCCAGCUUGGUUGCUGCCACCCUGUUGAAGCAGCUGAAAGAGGCCCAAGUACAGUAUCCUCUCCAGACAUUUGCAAUUGGCAUGGAAGACAGCCCCGAUUUACUGGCUGCUAGAAAGGUGGCAAAUCAUAUUGGAAGUGAACAUUAUGAAGUCCUUUUUAACUCUGAGGAAGGCAUUCAGGCUCUGGAUGAAGUCAUAUUUUCCUUGGAAACUUAUGACAUUACAACAGUUCGUGCUUCAGUAGGUAUGUAUUUAAUUUCCAAGUAUAUUCGGAAGAACACAGAUAGCGUGGUGAUCUUCUCUGGAGAAGGGUCAGAUGAACUUACGCAAGGUUACAUAUAUUUUCACAAGGCUCCUUCUCCUGAAAAAGCCGAGGAGGAGAGUGAGAGGCUUCUGAGGGAACUCUAUUUGUUUGAUGUUCUCCGUGCAGAUCGAACUACUGCUGCCCAUGGUCUUGAACUAAGAGUCCCAUUUCUAGAUCAUCGAUUUUCUUCCUAUUACUUGUCUCUGCCACCAGAAAUGAGAAUUCCAAAGAAUGGGAUAGAAAAACAUCUCCUGAGAGAGACGUUUGAGGAGUCCAAUCUGAUACCCAAAGAGAUUCUCUGGCGACCAAAAGAAGCCUUCAGUGAUGGAAUAACUUCAGUUAAGAAUUCCUGGUUUAAGAUUUUACAGGAAUACGUUGAACAUCAGGUUGAUGAUGCAAUGAUGGCAAAUGCAGCCCAGAAAUUUCCCUUCAAUACUCCUAAAACCAAAGAAGGAUAUUACUACCGUCAAGUCUUUGAACGCCAUUACCCAGGCCGGGCUGACUGGCUGAGCCAUUACUGGAUGCCCAAGUGGAUCAAUGCCACUGACCCUUCUGCCCGCACACUGACCCACUACAAGUCAGCUGUCAAAGCUUAGGUGGUCUUUAUGCUGUAAUGUGAAAGCAAAUAUUUCUUCCUGUUGUAUGGGGACUAUGGGUAGAUAGGGGAACAAUGAGAGUCAACUCAGGCUAACUUGGGUGUGAAAAAAAUACAAGUCCUAAAUCUAAAA